CCUCCCCCGCCUUGGCAUGGGAAGCGGAAACGAGGCGGACGGUGCCAACGUCCGGCAGGUGUUCAUUUCAAUGGGUCUCGGACUAAUGUUUUUCUCCAGACCCCGCAACCCGACCCUGGGCUGGUUUCGCGUCCCCAACCCCGAAUCUUGAAAGUCUUUAGUGGGGAGGGGCGCACGGCCUUGCACUUCCUUCUCAGCAGAGUCGCAAAAGGGAUUCGCGCGAGUUAUCCCUCCUGCCUCUCUAUGCGUUCCCAGAGGCCCCCAACUGACAUCCCCCCAACACCCGAGUCUCUGACAAAGUCCUUCGAGACCCCUCAGGUGGUUAGGGAAGGGUGAGCCGUCGGCCUAUAUUCCUGGGUCUGCAGGAGGAGGGGGUUGGGAGCCCGGAUUCCUGGGUCUGAGGCUGGGGGCCUGGAAAAUGACCCUCUGUCCCAACUCCCAGGGCUCUAGCGUGACAUGGCUGAAGCGCACCAGGCCGUGGGCUUCCGACCCUCGCUGACCUCGGACGGGGCCGAAGUGGAGCUCAGUGCCCCCGUGUUGCAGGAGAUCUACCUCUCCGGACUGCGCUCUUGGAAAAGGCACCUCGCCCGUUUCUGGAAUGACUUUCUUACUGGUGUGUUCCCUGCCAGCCCCCUCAGCUGGCUCUUCCUCUUCAGUGCCAUUCAGCUCGCCUGGUUCCUCCAGCUGGAUCCUUCCCUAGGACUGAUGGAGAAGAUCGAAGAGUUGCUGCCAGACUGGGGUGGACAGCACCACAGGCUUCGGGGAGUCCUGGCAGCCGCGCUGUUUGCUUCGUGCCUGUGGGGAGCCCUGAUUUUCACGCUUCACGUGGCCCUGAGGCUGCUUCUGUCCUACCAUGGCUGGCUCCUUGAACCCCACGGAGCCAUGUCCUCGCCCACCAAGACCUGGCUGGCCCUGGUCCGCAUCUUCUCCGGUCGCAACCCAAUGCUGUUCAGUUACCAGCGCUCCCUGCCACGCCAGCCCGUGCCCUCCGUGCAGGACACCGUGCGCAAGUACCUGGAAUCUGUCCGCCCCAUCCUCUCCGACGAGGACUUCGACUUGACGUCUGUCCUAGCGCAGGAAUUCUUGAGGCUGCAGGCGUCGCUGCUGCAGUGGUACCUGCGGCUCAAGUCCUGGUGGGCGUCCAAUUACGUCAGUGACUGGUGGGAAGAAUUUGUGUAUCUGCGCUCCCGGCACUCGCUGAUGGUGAACAGCAACUAUUACAUGAUGGACUUCCUGUACGUCACUCCCACGCCGGUGCAGGCCGCUCGCGCUGGGAACGCGGUCCACGCCCUCCUCCUCUACCGCCACCGCCUGAACCGCCAGGAGAUCCUGCCUACUUUGCUGAUGGGAAUGCGGCCCUUAUGCUCUGCCCAGUAUGAGAAGAUCUUCAACACCACGCGCAUUCCCGGCAUCCAGAAAGACCACAUCCGCCACCUCCGCGACAGCCGACACGUGGCCGUCUUCCACCGUGGCCGAUUCUACCGCGUGGGGACCCACUCCCAGAGCGGCCUGCUGUCCCCGCGGGCCCUGGAGCAGCAGUUCCAGCGAAUCCUGGACGACCCCUCCCCCGCCUGCCCCCAGGAGGAGCAUCUGGCGGCCCUGACCGCUGCUCCCAGGGACGUGUGGGCCCAGGUACGGAGUUCCCUGAAGACCCAGGCUGAGGAUACCCUGGAGGCCGUGGAAGGAGCUGCUUUCUUCGUAUCCCUGGACUCGGAACCUGCAGGGCUCACCAGGGAGGACCCCGCAGCUACACUGGAUGCCUAUGCCCAUGCCCUACUGGCUGGCAGGGGCCAUGACCGCUGGUUUGACAAAUCCUUCACUUUAAUCGUCUUCUCCAAUGGGAAGCUGGGUCUCAGCGUGGAGCACUCGUGGGCCGACUGCCCCAUCUCAGGACACAUGUGGGAGUUCACUCUGGCCACAGAAUGUUUUCAGCUGGGCUACUCAGCCGACGGCCACUGCAAAGGGCAUCCUGAUCCCUCACUGCCCCAGCCCCAGCGGCUGCACUGGGACCUUCCAGAAAAGAUCCAUCUGUCCAUCUCUCUAGCCCUGAGGGGAGCCAAGACCUUGUCUGGAAAUGUUGACUGCCACGUCUUCCCCUUCUCCCACUUCGGCAAGAGUUUCAUCAAACGCUGCCACCUCUCUUCAGACAGCUUCAUCCAGAUGGCCUUGCAGCUGGCCCACUUCCGGGACAGGGGUCAAUUCUGCCUGACUUAUGAGUCAACCAUGACUCGCUUGUUCCUGGAAGGCCGGACGGAGACGGUGCGAUCUUGCACCAGAGAGGCCUGCAACUUUGUGAGAGCCAUGGAGGACAAAGAGAAGACAGAACCACAGCGCCGUGCCAUGUUCCGCCUGGCCGUGGAAAAGCACCAGGCUCUGCUGAAGGCCGCGAUGAGCGGACAGGGGGUCGACCGCCACCUCUUCGCUCUCUACAUCGUGUCCCAGUUCCUGCACCUGCAGUCGCCUUUUCUGGACCAGGUUCACUCUGAGCAGUGGCAGCUGGCCACCAGCCAGAUCCCCGUUCAGCAAACCCACCUGUUCGACGUCCACAAUUACCCCGACUAUGUUUCCUCUGGUGGGGGAUUCGGGCCUGCGGAUGACCACGGUUAUGGGGUUUCGUACAUCUUCAUGGGGGAUGACACCAUCACCUUCCACAUCUCCAGCAAAAAAUCUAGCACAAAAACGGACUCCCACCGGCUGGGGCAGCACAUCGAGGAUGCAUUGUUGGAUGUGGCCUCCCUGUUCCAGGAGGGGCCGCGCCCUAAGCUCAGGUGCAGAGGGUUACAGGAGGAGGACUCGGGGCACAGGCAUGGCUCUCUCCCCUGCCACACUGGGGGCUCCAGGGCCCCCACGAAAUCCACCAACCUUUGACCCCUUCCAGCAGGGAGCUGGCCUCCCCAAGAACUAGGGAGAGGGUCUCUACGACUGGGUUGGUGCAGGACAAGAGGCAGCCUGUUUGGGUUUGGAAAUCCCGCAUCUGGUCCAAUAAAGACGUGUAAGCUGGGUGUGUGGUGUUCGCUAUGCCGUUGGGCUCACAGGGGGUGGGAGGGGUGAGGAUCAGGGUGGAGAAGAAAAGUUCCCCUCCGUCCCCAGGCCCAACCGUGAAUUCUCCAUUACGAUCAACUUCAGGCACACCCCCCAACCCUGCCCACUCCUACUGAAUUCCCGGCUCCAGUCACACCGGACCCAACCAUCCGAGGCCAGUCUCAGUCAAAUAACCCCACAAAUUCUCAUUAGCCCAGUUCCUGCUGCCCCAACACCACUGCCCACCCCAAACCUCAAGACCGACACCGUUCCAGCCACCCUUGUCGAGACCUCCGAUGAACCCCCCAAAAUUCUUAUUCCUCAGCCCAACCCCGGCCAUUCCAACCUCCUCCUCAGUGACGGAUGCCACUCCCACAACUGGGAAAGGCUCUGCCUAAUGUUCCGCCUGACCGUUGUCGCGAUCCCAAAACCAAUGACUCCGCAACGCCACACCCCACUACCCCCGACAACACAACCACAACCGGAAGCAUACAAACGGCGCAAAAACAUCCAACUCCAACCUCCGCCACCCGACCAAAACUGCCAUCCAAUCUCCGCCAUACCCCAAACUUAAAAUUGGCCCAGAGUUAUGCUUUAAACACCGCACUCCUCGAUCACACCGCUACUCGACCCCCAGUACCGCUACGACGCCCGCCGGCUCAACUCAAGCCAGGUCACCACCAACCCCGUCUGACCACACCAAGGCCCCAGUGGUCCAGCCCACCAGUGCCAUGAUUCCUGUACUCCAUGACGCCAAGCCCUGUGGUCUCCACCACAUCGAGCGUAACAACACACAAGCCCAACAACAAAUUAAAACCGUGCACAGCUUAACCGCCACCAACCCAAACCUUCAGACCCAACCCACUAACUCUGGUACUUUCAAAAAUGUCGACAAGUGGGGCACCUGCCCGGCUCAGUCAGUAGAGCGUGCGGCUCUUGAUCUUGGGAUCGUGAAUUCAAGCUCCAUAUUGGAGGUCAAGUUUACUUAAUUAAAAAAAUUUUUUUUUCCACAAAGACUUCGGCACGCUUCCCUCCACAAGGUGGACCUUAAUCCUUCUCCCCUUGAGUAUGGACUGGACUUAGUGACUCAUUUUCCUAAAAGAAUGUGGUAGAAGUGACUGACGUGAAAAAUAUCCUGGCUUCCUUCUUGCGCCCUCUCGGGAUCACUUGCUCUGCGGGAAGCCGUCUGCCGUGUCAUGGGGACACCCAAGCAGCCUAUGGAGAGGCCCACGUCACGAAGAACUGAGGCCUCCUGCCAACCACCAGGGAGGAACAUGUGAGGGAACGAUCUUUGAAGGAGAGUCUCCCACCCCAUUCAGUCCUUCAGAUGACUGCGGCCCAACUGACCUCUUAGAUGUAACCUCAUGAGAGGCCCUGAGCCAGACUCCUGCCUUGCAGAGUUCCUGACUUUCAGAAACUGUGAGAUAAUAAAUGUU